GCGGAAGCUCACAGGUCGACGCGGCCAGUGCAGGUCCAUGACAAUUAGACCGCUCAUCACUGCUACAUCAGCUCUUGUCGUGGCAUCUUCAGCCUCUUUAAGACCAGUGUGCUUGGUCUUCUAACCUCACAAUCUCUCGCAUUGACCGCAUUGUCAUACAGUGGCCGACAACCUACGUUACCCGACCGGGUCUCUGGGUUGAUUAACGGAGCACGGUCCACACGAGGACCAUCGAGGACCAUCUCUCACGAACUUGCUGGAUCAUCUUAAUGGUACUCUGCAAAGUGGAUUGCAGGGCGAUUCCACAGUGAAAGCUGCUUGACAAGCUUUCUCUUUAUAUAUAUUCUCUAUUAACAAUGCUGAACCUCAACAUCUUUCGGCUACUGGCCGAUCUCUCCCAUAUCUCCUCCAAAUGUGUCUUGAUAUGGGCUAUCCAUCGAAAUAAGAGUGCAGAAGGAGUGUCCCUUCUGACGCAGAUGCUCUAUGCUUUGGUGUUCGUGACUCGUUAUCUCGACCUUUUUUCGAAGGCAGGAUGGAAGCACUUCUAUCUCGUAUUCUUCAAGCUAUUCUAUAUAAUCUCCUCGUUCUACGUUAUAUACCUGAUGAUGAGAGUAUUUCCCCGGACACGGGAAAGGGAGCGAGCCUGGAAGAUGGCUAUAAUAUCGGUCGCCCUAUCUCUCGUUCUGGCCCCCAUAUCCAUUGUCAUCUUUUAUCGUGGUUAUCCCGAUAGAUGGUUCACGGAGACUUGCUGGACCUUCUCGAUCAUCUUAGAGUCCGUCUGUGUUCUCCCUCAAUUGCUGCUCCUGCGCCAAACGACCGUUCCAACAGUCAUCGAUUCAUACUACCUGCUUAUGCUGGGCUCCUACCGCGCUUUCUAUAUUCUCAAUUGGCUUGUGCGGGGACUGGGCUCCGAGGGUCACUGGGACGUGAUUGCAGACCUCUACGGUGUCAUCCAGACGGCUUUCUACGUCGAUUUUGCCUGGGUUUACUAUUCCCGCCAACGUGUCAAGCUCCGAAAUGGCGGAGUUGUUGACUCGGAAGAUUUCCGCCACAGCUGGCUAGUGAGCAAGAUCCUGAACUUCCGGCAGCGGAGGAGUGCAGAUGAGGAGCAAAAUCUAAAUGAGGAGGACGUGGAGGAUGAGGAGGUCGCCGGUGGCGGUAGACCAAGGAACAACCGCUGGGGAGCAAGAGGGAUCUCCGUCUCGGCCGACGAUACACUGGGAAACCAUCGUGGGACAGGCCAAGACGAGAGUCUAGAAGGAUUCUUAGAAGAUGAAGAAGACGACGAUGACAAUAACGGGUACCCUGUUAACGGGGGCGUUCAUCCGAAGCAGUCAACCGGGGUAACGGGCAGCCACGAAUGAACUGUCUGCCCUUAAUCCCCAUAUAUAGAAACCCUGCUGCAGAUCAGCCGGUUUUGGUUACACGACUCAUUGUCCUCGGGGCAUUAUAUACUUCCCUAGGGCUUGUUCUCCCCCUUUCUCUUCCUUCAUGGCCUCUUUCUUUAUUACUCGGGUUCUUGUUUGCAUGGAAUUUCUCUCACGUCAUCAAAGUUUUCACAAUCUCAAAUUAUUUCUUUUUUGGAAAUGUAGUAAUGCAAAAUGGGUCCAAACUGGAUUAGGACACGGACAUUUUGAAUACCACUUCACC